GAUUUCAUCAGUCACUACGAGUUCGCGUUUACAAUUUGCAAUUAAACAGGUAGAAACUGCGUUUCUGACCCACUUUCCGUUUCCCUCCGCAAGCUUAACAAAGAACAAAACAAAGUAGUAAAGUAGUGAAUCUGCAGUGUAAAAGAAAAACAAAAACGAAAGUGAUAAUGUAUGGGUCAAUCCCAUUGUGAAAUCAUAAAUUCUCUGAAGUUCAUUGCUACGGCGUGUAAUAAAUGCCGACGCAUGAGUGGACACCGCUCAGUUGGCUUCCUAUCGUUUGCUUACACAACAUUUGGAAUUAAAGCGAAUAUGUCAACUUUCGGUGCAGAGUUUGAGGAGGUUUGGCCAAAGCCGGGUGCAGCUAUAAAAUUAACAGAGUUUGGUACAAAUUUAUUACAAAAGUGUUUGAAGGUCGAAAAGCCGGAUGUGAGCCGUAUAGACAUUAAAAGCUUCAUCAAGAAGUCGUCUAACUUUCCCGUAGAGUUCGGCACCAAUACCUGUCGUGUAAUAAGCCAACCUAAAGAGCGUUAUCCGGAAAUCGAGAAGCAAAUCGCUUCUGCUUAUCCAAUAAUACAUGAACGAGUUUUGGGCUUGUACCUAGCAUUCUUGGAACACAAAUGCAAAUAUGGUAAUGACAUCGAACGCACCUUUUACAAUGGCAUGGCACUCACCGCUUUGGUACAACGUUUACUGGAAAAGCGAUGUGUGGUUUUUAUGGGCGCAGAGGAUAGUUAUUUGCUCUUAAAUGGACAAGAAGGUUUCGGCGGCUUCCAUGAUGUUGGCACAAGCGCUGAGAGUGGUAACCUGCGGCUGAAACAUGUGCUCAGCUAUGAUGAGAUAAAACUUUCCGCUUUCCUCUCCGUAUCCUCGCACACAGAGUUCCUCAACGAUGGUAAUCGUUUCAAUUGCGGCGUUAUUGAAGAGGAUAAGUCGAAAAUUGAGCCCUCUGGUGUUAUUGUUGGCAUGAUUGGUGGACGCUUUGAGGUGCCAGAUGUCAUGGAGUGGCAGGAUAUAGUCAUUACACCCACGCAAAAUACGAAAGCACACGGUUAUGGCCACAAUACAAGUGAGUUGGAGCAGACAGACAAACGCAUUGUUGGCUAUCGUCAGCUUUGGACCAGUUUCUAUGAGGCGCAAGAUAAACUUUUUGAGCAGGUGUGCGCAUUAGACGCGCCACGCUAUUACAAAGUGCCGAAUACCGAGUUCAUAUUCGACAAUGUGCUGAUGAAGCGGCGUUAUGCCAUCUCUUUUGAUACGCUGCUACUGGAGGCAAAUGUGCGCGGUUCGCUGGCUGAGAAGCAGGUGUAUCUACAUGUUGUCGGCUUUGGCUUGGGUGUUUGGCGUGUAGUGCAGCAUCAAUAUAAGAUAUUUUUGGCAACUUUUAGCGAACGCCUGCUGACGUUAGCGCCGCGCUUAACGCACAUCGACGUAGUGCACUUUUCGCAUUUCAAAGAAAACGCUUGUGGUUUGCUUUGCGAUGGUGCCAUACUGACAGCGGAGACGCAUCCUAAGGGCGGCAUUAAAAUAUUGAUAAACAAUCGCAAUCCCGCACAGAAAUUGCCAGCGGAAUACGAAAAUGCCUUAAUUGUGGAGUCCUAUGCGUGGGAUGGCAACGCUUUGCCAGGCAAUGAAUUUUGGUUGGGCUCGCUAAGCGGUUCAGGUGACCCCGCCGCUGCUUGCAGCACACUGAUCGCUGAGCUACACAAUCCGCAUAUAAAUUCAAAAUUGGUGAAUGGUAAAAAUUUACACGUGGCCUCUGAACGUUAUGGUGUUUUGCAUAUAUCGGACUAUGCAAAAAAUAUUUUGGAAUAAAACAGGUGGAAGAAAGUCAACCUCGAAUUUGGGAAAACUGUGUAUUUGCUCAUGCGUAGUUAUUUACCAUAAAAAUGUAUUUUAGUAAAAACAUCUACAUUAAUUUGCACUCGAAUUUUAAGUAUUUGUAAUAACUUUUAAGUAAUUUUAAUAAUUCAAGUGAAAAGAAGGAACUGAAAUUAACGGUAAAAUGAAAUGCCGAAAUUUUAAAACCGGGUUAGCAAAUAUUUAAAUUGUGCCACAGAAUAAAAUUUGUUUAUAAAAUUUA